AUUAACUAAUUAUUAUCCCAAUAGUUUGAAAUAAUUACAUAUUGUCUCACUAAUAGUUUCAUAUCAGAUUUCAAAUUACAUAUACUAGAUAUAUGUAUUUUUUUCAAUCAGAUAAAAUACAGAUAGGAAAAGAGGCGGGCGAAAGAGUUAGAGACAUGGGAAUACACUUAGAUAUUUACAACUAAUUUUGGAACCUCAUAUAUCCGAAAUACAUGUAUAUUGGGACCAAACUUUUACACGAGUGACAACUUUUUUUUAAAAAAAAACUCAUAAAAUGGCACAUAAUUAUAUUCUUAACUACUGAGAUUUAUGUUGUUUAUGUUAUUCAGGUUAGUAAUGCAAAAAAAGUAAAAAUAAUCAGGUAAUAUAACAUUAAAUAAUUUUUUUCCAAUAAAAAAAAGUAUAAAACUGAUAACAUUUAAUUAAACUUUUAAUCUUUUAGAAGUGGUGAAAAAAGGGUUAUAAAAAUAAAUUUACAACUAAAAAGAAAAGAAAAAAAAGGAAAAAAUAAAAAAAAUGGGUCAUGGUAUCAUACAAGAGUCUUUCACAUGUUUUCUUAUCCUAGUGGGAUACUUUUUCAUUUCACUUAAUCCACGGAAAUGGAAUACCCUUCACAUUUUUUUUGCAUUGCACUCUGCACUCUUCUUCUUUAUAUUCUGCCAAAUGGUCUAAUGGUUUCUCCGCCCUAAAACUUUUAUGAAGUUUCUCUAUAUCCAUUUUAUAAUUCUUUUAGUUUGAAAUUUAGUAUACUGAUAUCUCAUUUUAUAGAUUUUGUUAACAUGGAAAAAACUAGAAAAAAAUUGAGGAAUGUGAAGUUGAAUUUAGGGCGUUCAUUGAAUGGAAGUGUUGCUUCGAGUUUGACUGAGCUUGAAACCCAACAACCACCUAAUCGAUGGAAAAGUGCUAAAGAAGUUGGAGAGAAGCUGAGAAAAUUCUUGUACAAGAUGCCUUUUGUUUUCUAUGACGGACCAAAUGGAAAGAAGACAAAAGCAUACUUGUUAUACUCGUUUACGAAGAGAGAAGAUUUGAAGAUAGUUUGUGCUUGUCAUGCUGAUUUUCUGACUCCAGCUCAAUUUGUCAAACAUGGUGGUGGAGUUGACGUUGAAAACCCUUUAAACCAUAUAGAAAUAAUUCUUGACUACUGAAAAAUUGACUAGCUGCUUUAAUAUGGUUGUUGUGUGAUCUUCCUUUUAUUUUGUUGUACUGGAAAAGUUAAAAAUGGCUACUUCCCAAAAAAUCAUUAGCUUUGAUAUCGUUGUUAUUUGAUAUUUCAUUGUAUUGUAGAAACUAAGUCCCUUCCAUCAGAGAUAUAUUAAGGUUAUGUUUUAGUCACUCUGUUUUUUUUGUUUUUUUUUGGGCUAUGUGGUGCUUAUUUGAGCUUUAAUUAGAAGCAACUAACAACUUUUAAAGGGUUUCUAAGUUAAUUUUCAACUUGAGAUUUUCAUUUUCUUGCUACAUUUAGAAAAUAGGAAUUAAAACACUUGAUAUUAGUUGUUUUCUUUAUGUGCUAGGAUUUGGUAACUCUUCUGUUUUAAAGUUAUUCUAAGUUUAUAUUUUGAGUUAGAACGUCUAUAUCUUGUAACGAGGGGAUGGAAAGCAUGUGCAAGUCGGACCUUAUGGAAAAUGGGUUAUUAAAAAAAUAAAUAUAAUUUAAUUUAUUUAUAUAAUUGAUUUAAAUAGAAUAUGUUAUAAUUCUGUAAUUUUGAGCUCAUGCCAACGGAUUGAUGAGUGCUCUAUCUUUCAUAGAGGAUUUAAAUUUUAUUUGUAGCUUUUUCUGUUAUUCUCUACGUGUUUUUUAAUGUAGUAAAAGAGUUUUAAAAAAAAUAUGAACUUAUUAUCAUAAGUUAAUGGUCUAAAAUAUUUUUAGGUAUUCCUGAUUUUCAGUAUAUAUAUUGUUCAGGCCAUUGGAUUACCGUCGCCACUGAAUCGAUAUAGUUCCAUAACUACCAUUAGAGUACGUCAAUGAAAGCACCAAUAAUAAGACCAACUCAAUGCAAGGAAAUUCUUCUAUCACAAAUUCAAAUCAAGAAUUUCACUAUGCAAUCUCUAAGUACACGAUCUCAUUGCCAAGUCUGAAUUCGAAGUAUAGCUUGAUUCACUACUUCUUAUGAAAAUUAGGUUGAAUCACUAAAAAAAUGCAACACGAAUAAGCUAAAUUUUGAAUUUUCUUUAUGUGUUUAGGGUUUAUUGUUAACUGCUUUAGAAUUUUGUAAGUCAUGACGUCCAUUUCUUGUUAAUCGGACAAUAUAGUUAUUAGUUAGGUUAUAUUAUGUUGCUAUUUUUGAUGUACGAAUAUAUGGAUGAGUUUUUGAGUCCCAAUGUAAUUUAGGGUUUACGGGUAAAAUUUACAUGUGCGGUUUAGACUUAAGGUAUGAAUUGAUUGGCAUAUUUGAUCCUCUUUUUUAAAUGUAAUUCAUAAUUUCUUGAUCCCUUAUUCAAACACUAAAUGUAAUUAUGAAUGUGUAUGACAAUUUCAAAGUGCAAACCCAACAAUUAUGUCAUGAACUACUCUCUAAUAAUUUUGUUUCUGAGCAUCCUAAAUUUUUUUAUGAUGAAGACUUACCCUUAAGGUCAAGAGGUAUGUCAAAUUAGGAUAAUUCAAAUUCAGGUUGUUCAAAAUUAAU